AUGUCAAAGGUGGGACCGGUGGCAUAUAAAGUAACCCUACCCCCGAACCUUAGUCAGAUACAUGAUAUCUUCCAUGUAUCCCAGCUAAAGAAGUAUCAACCAAAUCCCUUUCAUGCUUUGGAAUAUGAAGAUAUAGCACUGCGAGAUGACCUAACUUGGGAGAUCAAACUAGUAAAUAUCAUUGAUUAUCCAGUAAAGCAGCUGCGGCAGAAAUCCAUCCCAAUGGUCAAAGUCAUCUGGGAGAAUCUGGCACAAGAAGAAGCAACCUGGGAGAAGGAAGACGACAUGAAGGAUAAUUAUCCCGAACUCUUCGAAUAA